AUGUGCUUCAAUGUGAGCGGGUUUGGAAGGUCUAACCACAAACGUCUACUGGGUAUCGGAGAGCGGGAUACGCUCCAGUUGUUGAUCAGCGACAAGAGGACGCUUCGGCUACCUCUGGCGUGGCGAUUAGUAGUGACUCAGCAUUCUGAUGACACCCGGUCCACUUCCGUGAAUUCUAGUUUUCUACGUUGCGAAGCAGAUGCUCUGAAGAACUUGCGGACCCAGAAAAAACAGUCAGAUGGGGUGGAAUCCCUGUUUCCGCUAGCAACUGAGUACUGGAUACUGGAUGGCCAACGUCGUCCAGGUGAACUCUGA